AUGGCGGCCCUAGCCCCCAACGCCACCUUCAGCGCCGGCGCUGAACUCCUCCUCGACCGCAUUCAAGCCACAACAAACAGCAACUCCCCCCUCUGGGUCCUCGCUUGGGGUGGCACCAAUGUCCUCGCGCAAGCUCUUGUCAAGCUCCACAAGGACAACUCCCCAGAGAAAGCUGCCAACCUCCGAAAGAACCUCCGCAUCUACACCAUCUCCGACCAAGACGACACAGGCGCCUGGCUCCGCCAGCAGUGGCCUGACCUGUUCUGGAUCAACUCCAUCCACGGCUGGAACCAGUACGGUAUGUCCACCUGGGUCGGGAUCUCGGGCGACGAAUUCUACGACGUCGACAAGGGCGGCCCAAAUAGCACGCUGGUAAGCAAAGCAUGGCUCAAGGAGAACAUCCAAAUCGGGACCUUGGGCGCCGCCUACCCAGACGUGGCAUAUACCAUGGAAGGCGAUACGCCGACAUUUCUCUAUCUCAUUCAGAAUGGACUGGGAGUCUCGGAGCACCCCGAGUAUGGGUCGUGGGGCGGUCGGUAUCAGUUGGUCACUUCCAAUCAGCAUGGCCCAGGUUUCAGACAUUACUCGGAUGUGCAGGACCAGGUGGUGGGUCUUAAUGGGAACACUUUCAAAUCGAAUAAGGCGACGAUUUGGCGGUGGCGGGAUGCGUAUCAGCAUGAUUUCGCGGCGCGCAUGCGCUGGACGUUAACGGAUGAUGUGACCAAGGCUAAUCAUCACCCCCUUGUGAAGGUUAAUGGGAGUUCGGGGCUGGAGCCUGUCAAUGUUUAUGGGGUUGCUGGGUCGGAAGUUGUUGUGGAUGCUGGUGAGUCGGUGGAUCCGGAUGGGGAUGAGUUGACCUUCAACUGGAUUUAUUAUCCUGAGCCCAGUACCAUUAACGGCACCCCUGAUGUGAAUGUAACGACUUUUGGGUCGCGUGGUGAAAGUGCCAGGUUGCCGGUUCCAAUUAUCGAUAGGACCUGUGAGGCAGGCAUCGAGCAUUGUGAUCUGUUCCAUUUCAUUCUGGAGGUUAAGGAUUCGGGCUCGCCACCGUUGACUACAUAUCGUCGGAUAUUGUUGCAUGUUGCUAAGUCUGAUGCCAAAUAG